CUGUGGCUUUGGCGGGGAGCACGAGGCUGGGCUAGCCUGGACACCACGAUGCCCGGCCUCUCACGUGCCCUCUGCCCCCUCCCCACAGAGGCCGGACCCAUGCUGGCACAGCGCUGCAGGGGGCUCUCCAUGGGCCCAACCCAGCCGCGGCUCCCUUCAGGGCCCUCCCAGGAGUCGCUGCAGGCCCCGGAGAAGGAGCCCCGGGGGCUGAGGCAUCGGGGAGCUCCGGCGGCCCGGACGAGCGUCGAAGCCCCGCGCAGGGCCCAUCGCUGUGCCCACUGUCGACGGCACUUCCCCGGCUGGGUGGCCCUGUGGCUGCACGCCCGGCGCUGCCAGCCUGAGCGCCCCUUCGUGUGCCCCGACUGCGGCAAGGCCUUCCGCCACAAGCCCUACCUGGCCGCGCACCGGCGCAUCCACACCGGCGAGCGGCCCUACGCCUGCCCCGACUGCGGCAAGGCCUUCAGCCAGAAGUCCAACCUGGUGUCGCACCGGCGCAUCCACACCGGCGAGCGGCCCUACGCCUGCCCCGACUGCGACCGCAGCUUCAGCCAGAAGUCCAACCUCAUCACCCACCGCAAGAGCCACAUCCGCGACGGCGCCUUCUGCUGCGCCAUCUGCGGCCAGACCUUCGACGACGAGGAGCGGCUCCUGGCCCACCAGAAGAAGCACGACGUCCCGGGCUUGGCUUGGGAGGGGGUGCCGGUGGGGAGCAGUCGCAGACCCGGAGGAUACCGGUCACCCUCGGAGGGCCAAAGAGAACGAGCAGUUUACAGCCACGGCAGUUUCCCACGGAAAGAUAACAGUAACAAAGCGAUUUGCAACCGCGAGGAUUCCCAGUGCGGAGCGGUGCCCACGGUCGGCCAAGCUCCUGCACAGACAGGCCUCGAGAGUCAGACCGAGGGUGGCCCGGAGGGCUCCCCGGGCGGCCACUACCGGCAGCCCGCAUCCCAGCACCCGGACAGCCGGCAGCGCCCCGCUUUCACCGCGCCGGGACGCGAGCCCCCAAUCCGACGGCCCGGCGGCUCGGCGGACAGCCGGGCCUGCCAGCCAAUCAGGCCCACGCGCCCGCCCCGCCUGCCCCGGGACUGGCCAGGGCGGGGAGCCCGGUGCCCGAGGCGCCCCUGGGGCGGCCGUUCCGUUAACCUUAGCUACAAAGUCAAAGCUCUUCGCUGCCCUUCCGGGUGCGGCUCUUUCCCUCCACCCCGCCGCUCAGCCAGUGACCUCUCCGGUCCUCUUACUUUGCCUCUGGCAGGAGAUGAGCCGGUGAUGAUCAAGCAGGAGAAGCCGGAGAGGCUGCUGCAGACGCCGGCCCCGCAGGCCGGGCUUGCGGAGAAGGACAAGGAGAACAUUUUCCAGCAGCACCAGGGCCUCCGGCCAUGCCAGGGCAUGGGGCGGCCUGGAGCUCUGCGGACCCCGGAGACUGGGGGGCCGCGGUGGGCCGCGCCUGAGCAGCAGCACGCCCGGCUGGCAGGCCGAGCCCCGCCCCUGAGCCCCGCGCUGGCUGCCGGCGAGGGUCACUUCGUGUGCGUGGACUGCGGGAAGAGGUUCAGCUGGUGGUCGUCCCUGAAGAUCCACCAGCGCACCCACACCGGGGAGAAGCCCUACCUCUGCGGCAAGUGCGGCAAGCGCUUCAGCCAGAAGCCCAACCUGGCGCGCCACCAGCGGCACCACACGGGCGAGCGGCCCUUCUGCUGCCCGGAGUGCGCACGGCGCUUCAGCCAGAAGCAGCACCUGCUCAAGCACCAGAAGACCCACGCCCGGCCCGCCACCCACCCGUGUCCCGAGUGCCAGCGCUGCUUCCGCCACCAGGUGGGCCUCCGCAUCCACCAGCGCGCGCACGCCCGCGGGGGCCCCGCGGGGCCGGGGGCCCGGGGCGCGGCGCAGGGCCGCCCCGGGGCGGCGGGCGAGCAGCGCCAGUUCAUCUGCACCGAGUGCGGCAAGAGCUUCUCGUGGUGGUCGUCACUGAGCAUCCACCGGCGCAGCCACACCGGCGAGCGGCCCUACGCCUGCCCCGAGUGCGGCCGCCGCUUCAGCCAGAAGCCCAACCUCACGCGCCACCUGCGCAACCACACCGGCGAGCGGCCGCACCUGUGCGCCGCCUGCGGCCGCGGCUUCCGCCAGAAGCAGCACCUGCUCAAGCACCAGCGCACGCACCUGCCCGGGGCCCGUCCGCGCGCGCACGCCGGCGCCAGGCCGCCGGCCCCCGGGCCCGAGGCGCCCCGAGACUCGGCCACCCCGCCCCGCGGUCCCCAGCGGCCCCCCGGGGCGGCGGGAGGCCUGUGGAGCCCGGGCCGCGACGGCCUGGCGGGGCCCGGCGAGCAGCGCCAGUUCAUCUGCACCGAGUGCGGCAAGAGCUUCUCGUGGUGGUCGGCGCUCACCAUCCACCGGCGCAUCCACACCGGCGAGCGGCCCUACGCCUGCCCCGACUGCGGCCGCCGCUUCAGCCAGAAGCCCAACCUCACCCGGCACCGGCGCAACCACACCGGCGAGCGGCCGUACCUGUGCGCCGCCUGCGGCCGCGGCUUCCGCCAGAAGCAGCACCUGCUCAAGCACCAGCGCGUGCACCGCGUGGCGGCCGCGCCCCGGCCCCGCCCGGCCGAGGAGGCGCCGUAGUGCGCAUGCGCGUCCUGCCUGGUUGCCCACAGGAGGUGUGCCUGCGCAUGCGGGUCCUGCCUGACUGACCACGGGGAUGCGCGUGCGCGUGCGUGGUGCGUAGGGGGGACCGAGGAUGGCCUGAAACGUUGGCUCUCGGCACGCCUUGAGCGAGCCCCUAUCAAAAGGGUCAAAGUUCCAGAAGCAUCGCGGGUGGCAUCUGGGGUGGGCGCUGAGGAAGAAGGUUAGAUCAGCACUGGAUGCGUCUGUACACCUCAGGAGAUCCUCACAUUUCAGGUGCGGAGUGAAGGGCUGUUGGGGGGCCUCGGAGAGGCUCCUGGUGUGGAAUAAGCCAGCUGCGGCAUCGGCCUGCCACACCGGGCUGCAGGGUGGCCCGGGCGUCCCCAUGGUGGUGACAGACGGUUCCGUGGGCAGAGCAGGGCGGCCUCCAGGGAAGGACAGCACGUCCCCAGCACCACGGACAGUGCCAGCGCUAACCGGCCACCAGCAACCACUUCUGGAAGGGCUGCCCGGUUUGCUGGUCCGUGUCCAAUCCCGAGCGCACUGCUGCCCAGGGUGCGGGGUACGAUGGGGCAGGGCCUAGAACGGGCCUGGGUGUAAUGGUUCCGGGGUGCAGACUGGUGGUCUCAGUGGAAGUGUGUCUGCUCUGGGAGGUGGCUGGGCAGGACAAAGCGGUCGCCACUGCUUUUGCUGGCCUCAAGGGAGUGGGUGGCUGUGGCUGACUUGGAUCUUUACCCAUCCUGGUAUUGUGAAA